GGCCGAAAGGUGCCCUGGAGGAAACCGAAAGACAGACAGCCUUGCCGCCCGCGUGGUGCCUCUUCUCCCGCCUCGUCACAGAGACUGCGCGCAGAAAUUGAGGGCUACCCUCUUCCCACACCACACCACCUCCUUCUCCGACCUCGUAAAUGACUCCCUUUCGAUCACAUCUCGCCGCGAAUUCUGCUCCGACCGUAAUUCUGUGAAACUUUUUUGCUUUCUUUGCUCGAAAACGCCCCUCAACCACGUCCUCCCCCUCGCCGUCGCCCGCGUCUUCCUCCUUCCUCACCACCGACCGACCAGCCGACCGACCUCCGCGAUCGCUCCGGCACGACGCCAGGAGCAACAGACAACACGGCGCAAUGGCUACACAACAGAUCCUUUUUGCCGAAACGGUGGCCGCUAUGAAAAAGGCCCUCAAGCGGAAAAGCUAUGAAUCCGACUCGGACGACGAAAUUGACCACUACGGAAACCGCGGGCACAAGCUUAAAAAGCGUGCCCUUUUCUCCCACCAGGGUCAACUCGCACCACCCUCCGGUCCUGAAGUCUACAACGAAGUAAUCGAUUAUGCUGGACAGCAGCGCACGAUCAUCAGCCGCAACCCGCCAAUUGUGGACGACGAGGGAUACGAGAUUGACAGUGACGACGACGAGGAGCGCAUCCAGGAGGCCGUCUCUGCGGCCACCGAGCUCGACCCCUAUGCCAACAUUCGAAUUGAGCAGAUCCUAGCUCCAUUGACUGCCUCGACCGACCUUCCAAGCCAUCCUACCCUCUCCAAGCCGUUCACCGCCAAGACAUUAGACGAGAUCGCUGAGCAAAGCUGUGAAGUCAGACGCAAGGAGAACGCAUCUCUGUGGAGGGUAAGGCAUCUCUUCACGAGGCUAUGCGGCGACUACACAUGGGUGCCAUGCGGCAUGAUGGUUGGGCCUGACGACGCCGAUCUCUACUCGAGCGACUACGUGGAGCGCGGCUACGCGCGCAAACCAAAAGCUAUCGCCUCGAGAGAAACCGAGGCCGGUGCUUCAGGAACAGUGAACGGUGACGCGAAACCGGAGCGAGCGCCAAACGGCACGAACGGAGAGUCUUCGGGUGACAAGCAGAGCAGCGACGGGGACGUGACCAUGGCUGAUGCAGGCUCAGACGAAAAGUCGACCAAGGUGGACACAGCUACCGCAGGCGAGGCGUCUCGGCCAAUCAACGGUCAGGCAUCAAAGACGGACAUUGCCCAGAAAGCGGGAGCCGACGAGAGCAUUGCCGACAAGAAGCAGAAGCAAAAGGCUGUCGAUGUUGAAAUGCAAGAGGGCAACGCGGCACCCCGGUCGCAGCCCGGAACGGACUUGUUGGACCACAACGGAAUGCAUGCGCCAUCAAUAGCAUUGGAAGAGGUGGACGAAACAUUUGUUCACCCGUUCUUCCGACCGCCGCCCAACGCUCGUCCAGACCGAGAUGUGGGUCUGCCAGAGGCCGAGGCCGAGGAUAUCCGCCGGUUGCUGGCACUGUACGUACAGAAGCAGGAGGAGGUCUGCCGCGGUGCCAUGAAGCUCCACGAAGGCCUCCUCAAGGCCAACCGGCUGCGCAAGACGGUGCUUCACUGGUCCAAGGCGGAGGCGCACAGCGGACCGAACCGGGACAUGUCGGACGGCGAGGACUGGUACGACAAGGAGGAGUGGGGUCUGACCGAGGACCUGAAGAAGGGCCAGGACGACGAGGAGGAAGACACGGGCACCGUGGCCAAGAAGACUAGGAAUCGCAGGUGACACGGUGCCCAAGCGUUGUUGCUGGCUUUCCCAGCUCCGAGGGAACGGUUCUGUGUUCCGAGUGUUUUGAGGAUGCGGUUGAUACCCCCAUGUUGCGAAUUGUUUUGUCCAGGCGUUGCGGCGCUUGCUAUUUAUUUUACCUGCCCACUUAGAAAUAAUGAGACGACGAAUAUUUCGAUGGUCGUGCGACGGUACCACAAACGGGAUUUGGCUUGUUCUUUGGAGGCUCUUCGGCGACAUGGAAGCUUUUCUUGUCU